GGCGUGGAGGCGCGGCCUGCCUCCCUCCACAGCCCGCAGCGCGCCCGCUCGGCCGACCCGUGGGGAACUUGGGGCCCGGCGAGCUCGCUGCGCACGCUUCCUGGGAGUUACUGAUUGUCUUUGAAGAAUCAUGAAGUCACUCUCUGUUGUUAUGCUUACUCUCCCCAUUCUGGUGUUCCUGACAUGGGUCCCUAUGUCACUGAGUUGUAACAAAGCACUCUGUGCCAGUGAUGUGAGCAAAUGCCUCAUUCAGGAGCUCUGCCAGUGCCGCCCUGGAGAAGGAAACUGCUCCUGCUGUAAGGAGUGCAUGCUGUGUCUUGGGACCCUCUGGGAUGAGUGCUGUGACUGUGUUGGUAUGUGUAACCCUCGAAACUAUAGCGACACGCCACCAACUUCGAAGAGCACAGUGGAGGAGCUUCACGAGCCCAUCCCUUCCCUCUUCCGAGCGCUCACAGAAGGAGACACCCAGCUGAACUGGAACAUCGUCUCCUUCCCUGUUGCAGAAGAGCUCUCACAUCACGAGAACCUGGUUUCAUUUUUAGAAACCGUGAACCAACCCCACCACCAAAAUGUGUCUGUUCCCAGUAACAACGUUCACGCUCCAUAUUCUAGUGACAAAGAACACAUGUGUACCGUGGUUUACUUUGAUGACUGCAUGUCCAUACAUCAGUGUAAAAUAUCCUGUGAGUCCAUGGGCGCUUCCAAGUAUCGCUGGUUCCACAAUGCCUGCUGCGAGUGCAUCGGCCCAGAGUGCAUCGACUAUGGUAGCAAAACUGUCAAAUGUAUGAACUGCAUGUUUUAAGGAAGGAGAAGUUGUACAGACAGAAGCAGUUUCGUCAGAGGUGUGAUAUGGAAAGCUAUUCAGUGAUGUCUCCUGGUUGCAUCCAAAUGCAGCAGAUUGAGAAAAUGUAAAGAGUUUGGACCGAGUUACUUUUAAAGUCUGACAAAUCGAGGGUUGUUCUGACUUCCAAUUCUAACUGCUCUUCCUGCCUGCUGCUGGCAGGAGCCCUUUCUUCAAAACACCUACAGCCUUGGUCAUCUGAGGAGCAAGUGCACAGAGAAUGCCUGCCGAAAGGAGAAGCUUCUAACACAAAGCCUCUUGUCGUUUUCUGCCACAUUCCAGAAGCCUCUUGUGUCAAAGGUUUAGAGCAUGUUAAUGAGUUAUGAUUUCUUCAUUGUACUACUCCUAGGACGCUGAAUUUUUAGAGUUGUUUGCCGUUUUCCACUGUGCCUGGUAUUAUUUACCCAUUCUGUGCGUAGAGUAGAUAGUCAUAUAGAUCAUUCUGAGAUCUCACCGAAAGAUCACCAUAAAAGUUUAAUUUGAAACCCCUUUACAUUGGUUUUUGAAGGUAAACGCUUACUGUAUUUUACAAUGUAGAACUCUCUGGUUCUGACUCAGUUCUGCACUCCACAUAUGACAAAGCUGUAGGGAGAGUCUCUCCUCCUCUAACCCAGGCCCAGAGUGCUGGUGUGGGUCAUAAGGAGCAUCUUUACAAGAAUUGCCUGGCACACCUGAGGCUUUGUGAAGAGGACGGCUUGGUAAGCAAGAAGGGAGAGCUUUUCUGACUUAAGGUACCAGUGUAAAGAGCUCCAGGAAUGGGAAACCACUGCCACCUGGACUCCAGGGACACAGCGCCCCUUGUAUGGAGAUGGCAGCCCUGUGCUUGCUGGACGGGGAAAUGAGCCCGCUCAGGCUUAGUGCCGCGUCCUCCAGUGGACGGGUGGUCGGAGGGGACAGAGCAGAGAAUCCAGGUAUGAAGGAGGAGGGUUGAAAAUGCCUGGAUUCUAAUAGAAACAAACUUAAAACUAUUUACAUUCAUUAUUUUGUUAUUUUGUAACCUUUCCUUUAGGUUUGUAUCUGAAUCAAGUGUUCUCCCUAAACAUAGGCAAUCACACACUAGGAGGUUAAGAUUAUGAACUGCUGCCUGCCCCCACCCCAACCCCCAGAUAAUUCUGUUCAAGACGACAUUAACUCUAAAUACACUACAGAACAUUGUGUCAGUGAAGAUAAGCUUAAAUAGUA